AUGGCUGAGGAAAAGGAGGAGGAGGGGGAGGAGGAGGAGGAAGGUGGCCAGGAUGAAUGUGAGAGUGGCGGCACGCGUGUGACAUGCGGCGGCCGGCCAGGCCAGUGUGGCUGUGUGCUGGUUGGCAGGUGGACACGGGCAGUGCGCACACCGCCGCGCCGCGCCUCGCCACACAUGCAGCUGUUGGGGCAGGAGCUGCGGGGCCUCGUGGGCGGCGUGCUGGGCGUAGGCCGCGUGGUGGCGGCGGGGCUGGCGGGCCUGGCGGGGCUCGUAGUGGGGCCGCCCACACUGCUGCUCGUGGGCCUCGACUCGUCGGGCAAGACCACGGCGCUGCUGUGGCUCAAUUACGGCCACUACGUGAACGCCGUGCCCGCCGUCGGCUUCAACUGCGAAUGUUUGCGGCGCGGCAGCUGCUCCUGGGUGGCAUGGGACGUGGGUGGCGCUGAGCGCGUGCGACCCCUUUGGUGCGCCUACACGCGCGGCGCCGAGGCGGUGCUGUUCGUGGUGGAUGCCAGCAGCGGCGAGGAGCGGCUGGAGGAGGCGCGCCACGAGUUGCACGUCUUGGUGCGCCGGCAAGCGGCACAGAGCGCCGCGCUGCGCCGCUCACGGCCGCCGCUGCUGGUGCUGGCCAGCAAACAGGAUCUGCCGGGGGCCAGGAUUCCCGCCGCCAUGGCUGACGCCCUCGGCCUGCACGACCUGCCGCCCGCCCAGCCCUGGGGCCUUGCACCCGCCUGUGCCGUUACCGGCGAGGGUCUGCCCGAGGCCAUGGACCUCCUGCGCCGCCUCCUCCUCAAGGCACGCCGGGCCUCGCUCUCACGGGGCUGACUUGCGGGUCACCCUAUGCUUCCCGCCGCCCCCACCUCCUUCAGUUUAUCCCUGCCCAGCCCCGCACCAAACCCCUGGACCCCCGAGGCGUGAGGCGAUGGAGCCCGAGUACUCGUAUGGGGACAGGCGGGGAACUACAGACAACUGAGUGCCACUGGUGGCUGACGUAUGUGAUAAUGUAUGUGUGUGUGUGUGUGUGUGUGUGUGUGUGUGUGUGUGUGUGUGUGUGUGUGUGUGAAGCGUGCAUGCAGUGUUUGAAGGGGUGUAUUUAUAAUAUUUAUUGUGCAAUAGCCAGAAACGUCACACAUACACAAGCACGUAGCCCGUACCCAGAGAUCCGUCACUUGUGAGUCGCUCAUCCGGGAAAAGUAAUAGUUGGCAAUCGUGAGACUAUUGUGUGAUCAGACCAUUACACACACACACACACACACACACACACACACACACACACACACACACACACACACACACACACACACACACACACACACCGCUCCGGUAGCUCAAUCGGUUAGAGCGCAGCGCUGCAAGGCUUCACGGUCAAACAGGCGGCGGUUCGAGCCCCGCUCAGGCCGGAUUCUUUCCGUUGACUAGGAGUGGUUACUGUCCCCCCUUGAGCAAGGGGGAUGGGGUGUGUGGUGUGUGAGGUCCUGGCAGUACCCAGAGAUCGACGAUAAAGAGCAUGCACUUGCUCAUAUCGGGAGGGUACCUGCUGGUGAAAGCAAGUCCAACUCGUGAUCAGGCCUUGGUGAAUUACACACACACACACACACACACACACACACACACACACAGGCUCUGGUCAGUGUUACAUGUAGUACAACUGUAUUAUACGUACGCGCAUCCCUUGAGACAAAUGUAUAUGUAAAUAGCCGUAUUUAUAAAGAUGUAGGAAAUAUAUUUUGUUAUACUGUUGAAACUA